CAAGCCGGACCGCUGUGUGCGCGCACCGAGCUGAGCGGUGUGUUUGUGUUAAACAGGUUUUAAAGUUUAAAAUUAAAGUGAAAUUAAACGGAAUUAAAGCGGAUUAAAGCGGAUUAUGGCUGAUAAGAGUCAGACAUGCUCAGUGUGGCUGGGGUCAGAGACAGGAAUACUGAAAGGAGUGAGUCUGAGUAAGAAACGAGCCUUUAACUUCUGUGACAUGAGCUCAGUGAGCAGAGACCAGGAGAUCUGCGCUCUGACCUGGGGAGACCGGCAGGAGAGCGAGGUGUUGGUGGGCUGUGUAAACGGCUCAGUGAAGACGUUCAGUACAGAGAAAGGUGUUUUCACAGAGACGCGAGUCUGCGGAGAUAUUUCACAGGGCAGAUUCACCGGCAUCGCCGUCACAGACAGGUCUCUAAUCACCUGUGUGGAGUCGGGGCUGCUGAAGGUGUGGACAGAAGGCAGUGCUGAUACAGUGGAGAUAAACGUAGGGGGUGAAGUUUGCCGGAUGCGUCAGAACCCGUCACAGCGCCACCGUGUGGCCACAGGAGGGAAGGAGAACCCGCUGAAAGUGUGGGACCUGGAGAGGCCGGAUAAACCCAUCUUCACCGCCAAGAACGUUGCUAAUGACUGGUUGGAUCUGCGCGUUCCUGUGUGGGUGAGAGACGUGGCCUUCAUCCCAGACUCAGACAGAAUCGUCACAUGUACAGGAUAUCACCAGGUGCGUGUGUAUGACCCCUCGACACCUCAGCGGCGGCCAGUUCUGGAGGCGGAGUUUGGGGAGUAUCCGCUCACGACGCUGGCGCUGCCCGCCGGACACGACCGCGUGGUGGUGGGAAACACUCACGGACAGAUCGCCAUUCUGGACCUGCGUAAAGGGCUGGUGCGGGGGUGUAUGAAGGGUUUAGCGGGGAGUGUGCGGGGGCUGCAGUGUCACCCCUCCUCACCGCUGCUGGCCUCCUGUGGACUCGACCGCUUCCUCAGGAUUCACAGCCUGGAGGAUCGCAGCACCGUGCACAAGGUGUAUCUGAAGUCUCGGCUGAACUGUGUUCUGCUCUCCAGCAGAGACCUGGAGCUGGUUGGCUCGGACGCUGCCGGAGAGGUGGAGGAGGUGAAGGAGGAAGAGAGGGACGAAGUUUGGGACUCGAUGGAGACGGUGAGCGAGAAAGGAGAAAAAAGAACAGUGGAGGAGGAAGCGGAGGAGUCAAGAGAAACGGCAGAGAAAAAAGAGGAGAAGAAGAAGAGAAAAAAGGCAAAGAAGUGACUGUAGUUAUUCUGUCUGUGAAACAUUUAUUCAUGUGCAGGACUUUUAUUUUGACAUACAGACUGAAAUACAGUUAUAAAUCCA